GCACUAUCGCAAAAUUAUUCUUCGUCCUCUGCAAAUCGACAACUUUCGACAACCAUCUUCCAAAGGUUUGACCAAAUUCGACAACCACAUCAAAUCGCAAAGAUGGCACCUUCUCAACUCCCCGCGAUUUUCAAUCCUACCUCCCAGGAUAUUGAGCAGCUUUUGGCCGCUCAAUGCCAUUUGGGAGCCAAGAACUUGCAAGUUCACAUGGAGCCAUACCUCUGGAAGACUCGCCCAGAUGGAAUCAAUGUUAUUAACAUUGGCAAGACCUGGGAGAAGAUCGUCCUUGCUGCCCGUAUCAUCGCAGCCAUCGACAACCCAGCUGAUAUCUGUGUUAUCUCUGCUCGUCCUUACGGUCAACGUGCCGUCUUGAAGUUCGCCGCCCACACUGGUGCCGUUGCCAUCGCUGGUCGUUUCACCCCUGGUAACUUCACCAAUUACAUCACCCGAUCCUUCAAGGAACCCCGCCUCAUCAUUGUUACCGACCCACGUACCGAUGCUCAAGCUAUCAAGGAGGCUUCCUACGUUAACAUCCCAGUUAUCGCCCUUUGCGACACCGAUUCCCCAACCGAGUUCGUCGAUGUAGCUAUCCCAACCAACAACAAGGGUCGUCACUCCAUUGGUUUGGUUUGGUGGAUGUUGGCCCGUGAGGUCCUCCGUCUCCGUGGUUCCAUCGCUUCCCGUGAGGCUGAGUGGGAUACCAUGGUUGAUUUGUACUUCUACCGUGACCCAGAAGCUGAGGAGAACAAGGAGGCCAUUGAGGAGGCCAAGGCUCCAGGUGCUGAUGAGGUCGGUGCCGCUGCUGUUGACCAAGGAUUCGCAGGUGCUGGUGACUGGGAGGUCUCUGGUGCUACUGCUGGUGCAUUCACUGCUGCUAGCAACACUGCUGCCGCUGGUGGAGCUUCAUGGGAUGCUGCUGAGCCAUCUGACUGGGCUGCUGCACCAGCUGCCGCUGGACAAGAGUGGGCUGCUUCCGGUACCGAGCAAUGGUAAAUGUCACACUACCCAACAAAAAAUAAUUAAGAUGUUUCCGCAAUGAACUGUAUUCCUUGGGGGUAAAAUUUGAAAGCACUUAUGAGGGAAAGAUACUCGAUUACCGUUCAUGUGUCAUGGUUUGAGAGGGAAAGCCCUGUGCGUUCAAAAGGAGUGGACUUGAUCGUUAUUCCGCUCUCAAUGAAAUGAGUCUCUGGUUGUGGCAUGACAAUCUCAGAUUAUCUUUGCAGAGGAUUGAUAUUUUCGCUGUGAUAUGAAGCUUCGUCGUAAUAAAUGAAGCAUGUCAUAAAAUCUAAUCAAACGCAUUGCAAAAAAUACA